AUGGCUGAAAACUCGACCGGAACACUUCGAUCUUUUGGAUCGAUCGUCUGGAGUGUCCUGGUUUGUGAUUAUUUUUUGAAUAAAGGUUAAAAAGAUUGAUUGAUGGUUUUUUUUUUUUGAAAAAAGUUAUGCAGUUUGACAUCCAAAGAGUUUUUGACCAGGAAAGUAAGUUCAAAGAUUGAAACAUCCUAAUUUUGGUCUUUAUAUUGACCAAUUCUUAUACUUCUAUUACCACCUAUUUUCCAACUUUUAUUCGAUUUUACAUGAGUUUUUUAAAUCUUCAAUUUAAAAAACCUAAUUGCCAUUUUCAAGACCAUUACUUUGCUAAUCGAAUAGGUACUGUUUUCAAGGAUUUAUGUGACUGUGGACCUGUUCCGGAAAGUUUUUGAGGUUUGGUGAAAGAAUAUUUUCCUAAAAAUUUCCAACUUUGCUUCACAAUUAAUCCGUGAAUUAUAUGUUAGAAAAUCCGCGAAUGGUGGAACAACGCGAGAAAACGACUGCAAAUCGUCGAGCGAAGCGACAUCGACGAGGCCAACGUCCAUGGAACUGCCAGAGUCGAAAAACAGAUGACCUCAGAGUGAGGGUUCCGGAAUAAUUGAUUUGUUUUUUCUUAUCAUUGGUGUUUGAAGGGUGGUUCCAUUUUAGUUAGACAGCUCAAAAAAACAAUCUAAACUCUAUCUUAGCAAUAGAAUUCGUUUCAGAAAAUGCAUAACUGAUUGUACUGGAAAAUCUUUAAGAAAAAUUGAAUCUGUUCCUUUUUGAGACUGAUUGAGGGAUCCUCAUCAUUGUAGAGAAAGUGUUCAAAGUUUUUCGCAAUUCUCUAAGUUUUGAAAUCCUAAAUUUUGAUGAGUGAGUGAGGGAGGACAUUUGAUUUCAUGUGAUCUUAUCAAUAGAAUCUUCUGAAAUCAGGAUGACUUCAAAUAAGCAAAAAGUUGCAGCGUUUUGAUUGUUGUUAAAAGAGUUAGAGAAGUUUCACAUAAAAGGUGAUACUAAAGAGACAAAAUCGCUUUAAAUCAUGCAUUGCUGUCUUUUCGCACUAGCAUACUACCUCAAGGAAUACGCUUUUUUUUUAGAAUUUUAAAGACAUUUCAAUUUUUACAAUAUUUGACUCUCGUGCGUCUGGGCUCUCUUUUCGUUCGCCGACCAUCUUUUUUUUUUAUGAAAGUAGUAAAUAAAACUACUAUUUUCGUUAUUUUGAAUAGAUCACUGACGAGGGAAAAAAGAGCGCAGAUACUACAGAUUGUUCACCGUAAUUUGUAAGAUAUUUCACUUUUCACUUUCAUCUCUUUUCUUCGAAUCUGGAUUUCGAUUUCCUGCUUUCAGAUCAUGGUGGACCUGGACGGCAAUAGACGAUACAGGAUUGCCCUUCCAUCUCUGGACCAUGUUUGUGUGCGGCGUCUGUAUGCAUCCGCUCAUUUUCCUCGCUUUGUCCGUUUUUCCCGGAGUUCCUGAAUUUCUCGACCGAACCAAAAACGUCUAUUUCUUCAUCGACGGCGUUUUCCUUGUUGAUCUGCUCGUCCUCACUAGAAUCGGCAAGUUAUAGUCUUUCUCAGGUUCAAAGGCGAGAUGGAUAGAUUUGCAAGUGUGACGCGUUGCGUACGCGACGCGGCUUUUCGCGGGAAACUCGAGCCAACAAGUUUUUUUUCAAAAAAUCCAAAGAAAACUAUUUCGUUGAGCUAUUCCUGUGUAGUUUGAAUAGGCUCAUUAUCUUUACCCUAUGGCGCUUAGCAGAUAUUUUAUCUUUUUUUGAGUAACCUCACCUAGGACUAUAACUCAUUGCGCGCGGCCUGCCUCUGUGUAUGCGACAAAAGUUUCUGUUACAUUAAAGGCGCAUACACAGAGGCAGUCCCCUCGCAUUGCAAAGGACCUUCCCGGAAGGAUUCUCUAGCUCAGAAGUAUUCAAAAUCAUGAAAAGCUGGCGUGGAAUGGGCUAUUCCUCACACAAAAGUUGGGACCACGUCUGUCAUGUUCACCACACACACUCCCCUCCUGAGAACAUAUUUUGAAAUUCUUCUCAAUAAUCUCAAAGAUUCUCACCUUCUUCUUGUUUUUGCAAUAACCCAGGACCGGAGAAAAACAAAAAAUAUUUGCAGUGUUCACGGACCAAGGAAUCGUGAUUACCUCGACGAAGGGCAUGUUUUGGCAUCGGCUCAAGUCGUGAGAUAAUUUCGUUUUUAUUUUCGCAGAGUCUGUGGGCAAUCCAUUACAAUAACAGGGGUACGGUAGAGCGCACCUCUCUCAGUGCGUGGGAAUGUUUUCCGAUUGAGGCUCGAAAUCGAAAGAUCAGAAAGGUACCAUCCACCGAUCGGCGCGGCAGUUGAAUAAUAAGGAAAUUGAUUCGAGAAGAGGAAAAAUAUGUGUGUGUCGUGGGAAAUUGUUCUAUUUUUCGAGUUGAGAGAAAAUUUUAAUAUAUCUGAUUGAUCAUUCGAAAAUACUCGAAAGCUGUUGGAAAUUCAGAGUCUGUAAAUUUGAAAAGAGACAGUCUAAAAAUCUCAAACUUUUGAUUUUUUUUUUUCAGUUUUAGAAAUUUUUUUUUCCCAGUUUUAGAAUGAAGGAUUUUGAAAAGUAUCUAUGAAAUUGAUUUCCAAACUCAGGUCUAGAAAAACAGAAAAAAAAAGUCAAAAAAAUUUGAGAUUUUAGACUGUCUUUUUUCUAAUUUACAGAUUCUGGGUUAAACGCGGCUCCGUUGAGUUCAGUUCUAUAGGUUACAAAGCUUGAAUGUUUCAGCUUCCGAAACUGGAUAAAAAAGGCCAAUUUUAUAUUUUGAAAGCAGAAAAGCCGGAUUUUUCGAAUCUCCUUUUUUGGUUAUAGUCGAAACAAGAUCAACUAAACAAGAUAGACACUGGAAAACUAGUUAGAUAAUCUUUCAGGAAACAAAUGAUUUUGGACGUCAUUUGCAUCCUUCCACUGCACUUGGUCCCUUUUUUCAGCGGCUAUUUUUUCCUACAGUACAUGAAUCGGGUCUUGAAGGUGAGUUUUCCACGGGAAUGGGGGAACUUUGCAAAAAUAACGACUUGAUUAAAGUUUGAAGAGCUUCAAAAUCAAUAAAUCCAUUUUGUUUUCUUAGAAUUUCAAAUACUAGUUAAGAGAAAAAAAAACAGAAAAGUAAAAUAUGGCUUGGAAAUAACUUUGUGAAAAUGAUUUUUAAUAAAGCUUAUACUAUAACACGUUGUAACAUGCUCAUUUUUCUAAAUCAUAGCUCGAUCUUCAGUUUUAAAAUGUUUUCCAGUGUUACCGAAUGACGAAUUUCGUAACCCUAAGCGAAAUCAGAACGAGCAGCCCUCAUGCCUUCCGACUUUUCAAGCUCAUUUUCAUCUGUUUCAUCAUUUUCCACUGGAAUGGCUGUCUCUACUUCUACAUCAGCAAGGUCUACGACUAUGCGAGUUGGUUUCCAUCGAAACGGCAGCUUUGAUGGGAAAGUCCGCAGACGCCUACCUAGAGGACUGGAUCUUCUCCUACGACAAGAUCAUCAACCCUGUAGUGGCCACUUGCAACACGGAUAACCGAUAUUUGCCGGAUUACUGUGACGUGGACGAUGGCCCCAGGAUCACUCAUGUCGAGGAUGAGGAGCUCCAGUCGUUUGUCGAGGAUUUCAUGAGGAUUUGGAAAAAUCGGUUCGUUUCGGAAUGAAGCAAAUAAGAAGCUGUUUGACAAAAAUGUCCUUAAAAAGCCAAAUAUACUUGAAGAUUUCUUUCCUCUCACUAUUAAAAAAAAACUCAUUGUUUCUAUGUCUCCAAUUUUUCAGCACAGACGUUAUCGAAUUCGAUGAUUUUGUACGGCAGUACGCCUUGAGUUUUUAUUGGUCCGCCUUAACGUUGGUUACUCUUGGAGAGCAGGUUUGAAGUUCAAAUGGAAGUUUGAAAUUAGGAACCGACCUCAACUUUUUAUCAUUGUGCGCCCUAUAGUGGAUAUAUUCUGUCCAGACUAUGUAUCUGAGAAAGUUUCUUAGAAAAAAGUGAGCUUCCUUAUGUAAAUCGUUUAUCACAUUGUUAGGCGCUUAGAUCACUGGAGUGAUCACUUGAUGGACCAGAGUUGUCUUGUCCCCCAGAGCAUCACCGUCGCGUUUCUGAGUAAGCGCCUGAAAAUCUUGAAAACAGAGAAAACAUUGUUUUUCUCAAAAAAUCGGGAUACAAGCUUGAGAUGUUCUCCGAAAAUAAGUUUUCUCUCAGCCCUGGCCCAGCAACACCUUCCAAAACGUCUUCGAAAUCGGAGACACCUUACUGGGCCUUGUCAUUUUCGCCGUGAUUGUCGGCGACGUCGGCAACAUGGUUUCCAGUAUUAACCUCCGUCGGUCGGACUUUGAAAACGUCUUGGAUGGUUGUAAGAGAUUCAUGGACUAUAGGUGACUCAGAUCACAGUUUCUGAUCAAACUUCAUUCUUAGAAAAGUGCCUCACGGACUGCAUGUGAAAGCGGUCGACUACUUCACCUACAUGUGGGUUCAUGGCGGUGCUCAGGUUGAUGAGGAGGUCGGAUUUUCUUGAAACUAUGAUUCAAGAAGUCAAAACUCUCAAAUUCCAGGAAAUCGCCGAAUUUCUUCCACCAAGACUGUACGGAGAGAUCGCCGUGGAGAUUCACAUGGAGACUCUGAAAAGAGUCAAGCUUUUCGAAGUUUCUCGCAUUCUCGGAACAUAUUCCAACUGUUUUUGUUGAGAACUGCGACCCUCGACUGCUCUACGAACUCAUUUUGAAGUUGCAGCUGCGCGUUUACAGGUCCUUUCAACUUGUCUAUCAUUUCCAAUCAUUUUGUGGAGGAAUUGAAAAAAGUCUAAAAAUGGGAAACGCUCUGGGCGAAACAAUAACCGAUGAAUCGUCGUUCCUCAUUGUGAAAAGUGUUCGAGAAAUCAAACAUUUUCAGCCCUUUGGACUACAUUUGUAAGAAAGGGGAAGUCGGCACGGAAAUGUACAUUGUGAAGAAGGGCAACGUUGAAGUUGUCAGCGAGGACGGCAAAAAGGUCUUUUUUCAGAAAAGAAUUCCGACUUGAUGGAACAUAAGUACUACCCAUAAAAGUGUUUAGAAAUGGUCUUUUAUGCAUAAAUUCUUCAAAAAUUGGUUCAAUUUUUGACACUUUUCUCAGUUUUAAAAAUGAUAUGUAGUGACUCAUUUUUCAAAAAGCACAAUCUAUAUAUAUUUAAAUUAUCAAGAUUUUUCGUCACUUUGGGGUCUGGCGUUGUUUUUGGCGAACUGUCGAUUUUGAACAUUCCUGGAAACAAAAACGGCAAUCUCAGAACGGCCAGCGUUCGAUCUAAAGGGUAUUCUCAAUAAAGAAAAAAAAUUAAGAGAAAGAUUUCUUUCAGAUACUCUGACCUCUACGUUUUGGACAAGGAAAUGCUGUGGGAAGCGCUGCACGAGUACCCAGAAGCCAAGGCUUCGUUGAUCGAAAAAGGUUGACCUUUUCUGUUCACGAGUUCGCCCGAAAUUUGAUAUUUUAUCUUUUUUGUAUUGUUGUUAUUUGAUUUUGAGAUGUAAAACAAAACUUCUCGGUUCAAAGCCUUCUUAGAUUUCUCGCCCGUUUUUGACUAGUAAUUAAAAUGAAGGCUGACUUUCAAAAAUACGUUUCAAGUUUUUCUUUAAUAGUUUCGAAAUGAUAGGCCUCAAUUUCUAAAUCUGUAGCUGGAAGAAAACUCAAGCCUGUUUUUCCUUUGAAAUUUUGCAAGCUCGUUAUUCCUUUUGAUAAAAAUUUCGAUAAAGUGUAAUAUGUAUUUAUCAGUUUUUUUCUGAAGAGGGUAUUCAAAAAAGGAACUUCAAAAAUGAUCCUUUCAAAAAGAAGCUCUGAAGGUUUGCAAAUUGAAUCUCACUGUCUUCACCUAGUACAUCAAAUGCUUUUGAAAGACAUUUUUGAAAGGUUCUAAAUCGCAAAUUUUUUCCCCGCAAGAGUUCAACUGAAGUUUUGAGACUUUCAGGUCGACAGAUCUUGGCGAAAGACAAUCUUUUGGACGAUUCGAUAGCCGGCGAAGUUCUGGACGACGAAUAUGGAAUGCCGAUGGAAACGAAACUCGAGAAUUUGCUGGAAGACUCCCGGAGGCUCGAAAAACAACUCGAAGAGCUUGAAAUCAAGGACAGGGUGAGGUAUACUAGCCUAAGUAUUUUCCGUCGAAGCUUUCGAUGUUUUCAAAAAAAGCAAAGUUUUUCACUAUAAUCUGAAAUUCAGUUAUUUUUUUCACUCACUCUGACGGCUGUGAAUUUCACGGAAUCACUUCAAACACGGCAUUAGGUUUUAAUUGGCACCUCUGUGCAUACACUAUUUGCGAUGAUAUUUUGAAAAAAACUAGCUGUUAAAAUUUUUUUAUUUUCCUUUAUUUAUUGCAAUAUUUAUUUUUAUUGAUUGAACUGAUGAAGCGUUUUCUCGGAGAGGCUGUAGAUGGGUGACGUAGGAAGAAUAAGAACUAGUCGAAUAAUGAUGUCAAAAAACCCGCUGCGCUCUUGUCAUCUUUUCACUGAUCCGAGAAACGACCAAAUUUUUCUCGGUACAAAACUCAAAAAUACGUACAGUACGGAAAAAAGGUCAUUUUUGAACAAAUUUGAGAAUACUUCACAAUAGAAACAAGGAAGGAGACUAGACUUACAUUUUUGAAAAAUCGCAGAAUUUUUUUUAAUUGGCUCCAUUAGCAUUUGAUAAAGAAAAACUAUCUAUUUAUAUUUUACAGGAAUGGAGCAGGAAAAUGAAGCAGUGGUUAUUUCGUCUGGAAGAAGAUUUCAUCGAAGAAUUAGAAGAAGCUGAUCUUCUAAGGAGAGAAGAACUGCUUGCAUUACCGCAAUCGUAG